CUUUUCUUUACGUCUAUAAAUUAUGAGUGAUUCUGAAGAUGAAAAACUAAUAGACUAUUCUCAGUUACUGAAUAAGAAAAAGAUAGUCCUAAAACGAGGUGUCAAAUCAUCCAACUAUUCAUCUGAACAACAACUCUCUAAUGCACGUGAAGCACUUUUUAGUUGUCUCUUGCAGACUGCAUCAUCAAAAAACGCUAGUCAAGGUGAACUCUCUCCAAAUAAUGGGUGGACUUUAGUGAAACAAGUCAAGGGAACCCAUUUACACACAAUGGGAUUCUCUCAUGAUGGUCAAAUUGCCCUUUAUCCAGAGGAAGCUGCUUUUUUGGUUUCUCGAAAUGCACUAGUUGUUCAUAAUAAUGACCAAAAGCCUAUCUUAUUCGAGAAUUUUUUAGAGAUCAUGUGUGAAUCUAGAGAUGGCUGGAUAACUUAUGACAAAUUCCAAGUGUAUGCUUAUUUAAAACGAUUGGGAUUUAUUGUGAUGCGAUCCAAACCUGUUAUUAGGCAAUUGCAAGAAAGAACGGUUAAUAAACUGGAGCAACAACCUAUAUCUAUUUGGAAAUUAUUUUUUGAUAGAAUCACUCAUUGGAUUUAUGAUCAUCAAGCCCCUAUACGACCUCUUGUAUGGGAUUACCGAUAUCGAGAUUACAUGACUGUUUAUUCUACACUACAAAUAAUACCUUCUUCACCAUGGUAUAGGCCCUUUUAUCACACUCCUAAAUUUGACUGGGAUGUCUACAAGCCAAGACCGACUUGGAAGAAAAGGGAUCCAGGUAUACCUGAUUUUCAAGUGGUAGUUAGAAAUAUUCAUGAUAGGAUGCCUUCCUUAUAUGAGCAAAACGCAUGGUUUUCAUAUAGCAAGCCUGGAUAUGAACCUGUUGGAUUGCGAAAGACCAAAUUGGAUAAAGAUGUACCUACACUUAUUAUGGCACUAGUAGGUGAGGAUGGCGUAACAUUCUUAAGGAUGAUUGGAGACGAUUUGGCAGAUAUUUCAAUGGAUCAACAUAAUAUUCAACGGAAUAAAAUAAAGAAAAAGAGUGAGAGAAUUAUAAUGUAGAAUAGCAAUAUACUUUCAUUCCUUAAAGUAUAUAAAUUAAAUAUACCUUUUCUUACUAUUACUACUACUAUUGUGUAAAAUAAAUAAAUAAUAAAGUCUAUUUGAUGCAUAA